AUGUAUGCACACAUUGCUAAUCCGUUCAAGAAAUUAAGCAUUAAUGCUCAUUAUUCUACUCCAUCACGUUCACUGCAACAACAAAGUUCACCAACAAUGGCACAAAUCUGUAAAUUAUUUGUUGGUAAUUUGGCAACACAAACAACCAGUUUACAAUUACAAACAAUAUUUCAUCAAUAUGGUCAAGUAAUUGAAUGUGUUAAAGUGCGUGAACGAUAUGGAUUUGUACGUUUUAAUACGGCAGAUGAGGCAAGAGAAGCAUUAAAAGCAUGCAACGGUAUGUGCUUACACGGGUAUAAAAUGAUGGUCGAAUAUGCACAAAAUGAAAUAUUAAUAAGUCCAUUAUCACCCGCAUCCAAAAGUGCGAGAACAAAUGGUGGUGGUGGAAGAACAAUACAUGUAGCACAGGAUACAAAAUUAACUACACCCAUUUCAAUCAUAACAAAUCGAGCUCGUUAUUCUUCAAUGAAUAAAUGUGAUGAUGUGCCAUUAUUAAUAACACCAUCAGGAACAACAGCAACAACAACAACAACAGUAACAACGGCAAUAGCAAGAGGAAGUGAUUCAAAAUAUCUUUUAUCAACAUUAAAUCCUGAAGCAUCUUCGUUUAUAACAUCCGACUACUGUUCAUCUGGUUCAUCAACAAAAUCAUUUUCGGUUCGUUCAUCAUCACCGUCAAUCUUAUCAGAAAUUCCAUCACCAUCAACAUUAAUAAUGUCACCAAUAAAAUCAAUAGAUUCAAACAUUGGUUUAUUAACAACAACAGUAGACCCAACAAAUCAAAAUGAAAAACGUCAAAGUUUUACCUUUAUUGGUGAUAAAAUAUUAAGUUUAUAUGGAGGAAAUUGUCUUUAUACUGGUAAUAAUGACGAUGGUUAUUGUUAUGAUGGAGAGAGUUGUUCAUCAUCGCUCGAGUAUUAUCAAAAUGAUCAUAAUAAACUGAAAACAUCUACACAUAGUUCAUCUCAAAAAUUAGUAUUUGAUAAUCGUUGUAUAGACGCUCGUGAUCCAAUAUUUAUAUGGAAUUUUGCAUUGUAUCCAGAUUGUGCUAUUAGUCCAUUUAUAAAGCGUAGUGAUAUCAAAGGAUUUUUAGAAAAACGUGUUUUAUUAUAUUCACGUUAA